AGUGCGAGGAGAUCCCCUCUCCCCCUUCUCCUCCUCCUCCCCUUCGCUUUGGAGGAGAAUCCAAAAAGAAGCGGCUCGGGGCUUUUUGCGCGUCUUCUUCCCUUCUCCUCGCCCGCACCAGCGCUGCGUGGAGGAUUUCCAAGAAGUCGUUUUCAAGUGGACUUUUUUGGUGCGAUUUCUGGCAGUGAAGUGCAGAGCCCGGGAUCGCAUCCAGGGAGGAGAAGCGGGUUCAAGUCCUCUGACCCGCAGAGGGACGUGUUUGUGCGAGGAGGGAAAAGUAAAAGAAGAGGAGGAAAACCGAGGAGAGGAGCGGAACAGGCUCUUAUUUCCCAAUAAAAACCUUUCGGGUGGAUUCGGACUAAAAAGCAGACAAGAGGAGAGAUCUUUUCCCAUCCUUUCAAUUUCCAUCAUCGACUCUUGCCUGGAUAUGGACUGAUUGCUUUUAUUGAUCCGCCUAUUGAUUGGUUGAUUGACUGUCGGACACCAUCACCCGGCAAACUUGGACUUGUGUGGGAUUUAAGCAGGGGGACAGUGAACUGCAGCUGCUCUCUUUACUGGCACCAGUGUUUCUUCUCCAGCAGCACAUCUGGACUGAUUUACUGAUUAAUCGAUACAUUGACGACGCCGACCUGUGAAGUGGAAACCUGGUGAUUGAUUAAUCAUCCGGCUGAGCUCCCUGCCCAUUCACCCUUCAUAUAAACCUUUGGAACGAAGCAUAACAAAGUAACUCUUAAAUAAUCCUCAUUAGCAUGUCUUUAAAUCUCUAAAAUUAUAUUGGAUAUAUUUUAAAGUACAGUAGAAUACAGCAGCAGUUCCGCUUCUACAUUAAAGCCCCUGCACGGACAUCACAGGGAUCUGCAAAGGGCAGAAAGCACCUUAUGUAAGAGUAUGAAAUCAUAAUUGUAACAAGACCUCCACUGCAAUAAUAUUCAACGAAAUGUAAUAGGAAUUAUCCCAGUGCCAGUGCUGCGCCGGAUUCUAGUUUGGAGAUUGGAAGUUAUUUUUGGCUGCGCAAAGUGGAGCGACUCUUUCACACCACUGCCCGGACACAGCCUGACACCGACUGAGCGCAGAGGUCUGUGCCUACUUGUCUCUGUCUCCACAUCCUGAAAGAAACGAGUGGGAUAGACAGAGGGCGGAGGAGAGCGAGUGAAAGAAAGAGAGGGAGAGGGAGAGGAGGAGAGGAUGCGUAACUGCGGAGGACUGGAGUAGACUUUAGUCGUGUAACAUCUUGGAGAAGGAGGGAGCGAGCAGAGGAAAGAGGUUCUCCUCUGUGUUUCAGCCACUGAGAGGCUGCCCCAUCUGAGGUUAGAGGAGGAAAACGACCUCCUUCUUCAGUUUGUUUUCAUCCGUCCAUCCAUCGCCCCCUCCGUUUUUUGGAGAGGAGACAUUGGACAGCGCCGGUCAGGUUUGAGGCGGAGGAGGGAGCCCGAGGUGGGAUUAUUUCAUCUAUAAAAACACACAACAGAAAACAUUUGCCUCUGGUCAAGAUCGGGUCAUCAGCACCGGAUCCAGGAUUAGUUUCUCCAGUAGAUCAGGUGCCUGCGGGGAAUACAGAGAUGAAGAUCAUAUUCCUCCUCUUCCUCCUCCUCCUCGCCUCGGGAGCCUGUGAUGACGUCAAGUACAUCUCCAAGAGGAACUCAGUGGACGGAUGUAUAGACUGGUCAGUGGAUCUGAAGCAGUACCAUGUUCUGGCAGGCGAGCCUUCUCGGGUCAAAUGUGCCUUGUUCUACAGCUACAUCAGAACCAACUACACCAUGGCCACCAACGCCAAGCUGCGCCUCAUCUGGUACAAGAACAAAGGAGAUGCAGAGGAGCCCAUCAUUUUCUCAGGCCACAGGCUGAGUAAAGAAGACGACUCCAUCUGGUUCAGAUCUGCAGAAAUGGAAGACAAUGGAUUCUACACCUGUGUACUAAGGAACUCAACAUACUGCAUGAAAGUGUCCAUGUCGAUGACGGUGGAGGAGAGUGAUGAGGGGAAGUGCUUCAGCAGCAAAAUCCGCCACCUGGAGAAAGCUGAGAUAACUCACAGCAAAAUGGUCACCUGCCCUGAUAUCGAAGACUACAUGGCUCCGUACAAGCAGCCACAAAUGACCUGGUACAAGGAGUGUGAGCGGGUUGAUUGGAGGAGCUCCAUCAUGGUGAACACCACACACCUGUGGAUACCCGAGGUGGAGGAGGGCGACGGGGGAAAUUACACCUGUGAGUUACAGUAUGGAUCGAGAGUGGUGCGGCGGACCACACAACUCAAAGUGACAGCUCUCCAAACCACGCAGCCUCCCAAGGUCCUUUUCCCCCCAGAGAGGCAAGACACAGCGAUAGAAAUCACGCCUGGUAUGCCUCUCAGCUUGGACUGCAAGGCCUUUUUCGGCUACAGUGGAGAGAGCAGGAGGCCCAUCAUCUACUGGAUGAAAGGGGAGAAGUUUGUGGAAGAGCUAGCGGGACACAUUAAAGAAAGUGAAGUCAGGGUCUUGAGGGAGCAUUUAGGGGAGAAGGAGGUGCAGCUUUCCCUAACAUUUGAUGCUGUGGAUGAGGCAGACCUGGCCAACUACACCUGUUAUGUGGAGAACCAUAUAGGGAGGCGCAGUGGGAGUGCUAUACUGCAGAAGAAAGAUAUGUAUCGUCUGGAGUUGGCUGGUGGUCUCGGGGUCAUAUUGCUGCUGCUCGGGGUCCUGACUGCGCUUUAUAAGUGUUACAACCUGGAGAUCAUGCUCUGCUACAGGAGACACUUUGGCAGUGAUGAAGCUGAGGAUGAUAAUAAGGAGUACGAUGGCUACCUGUCCUACACUAAAGUGGACCUGGACUCUCUGGGCAGGACGAGCAGCGAUGAGGAAACGUUUGCUUUGGAGAUCCUGCCAGAUGUUUUGGAGAAACAUUAUGGCUACAAGCUGUUUAUACCAGACAGAGAUCUAAUACCCAGCAGUACCUACAUUGAGGACCUGGCUCGCAGCGUGGAGCAGAGCAGACGCCUCAUCAUCGUUUUGACUCCAGAGUUUGUCGCCAAAAGAGGGUGGAGUAUCUUCCAGAUAGAGACACGCCUCCACUCUAUGCUGGUUACCGGGGAGAUCAAGGUGAUCAUGAUAGAGUGUGCCGACCUGAAGAAUGUCAUCAACUACCAAGAGGUUGAAGCACUUAAACAUACCAUCAAGGUUUUGUCCAUCAUCAAGUGGAGGGGUCCUAAAAGCAAUGAGCUCUCCUCUAAGUUUUGGAAACAGGUGGUCUACGAAAUGCCUGCCAAACGCAGAGAGACUUUAUCCAGACGCCAGGUGAUGGACGCUGGUGAACAGGGCCUCUUCGGUGACCUACAGACCACUGUCUCCACGAUUGCCAUGACAACCACCUCCGCCUCCCUGGUGCCCCCUAAUGAAAGUCGCCACGGACAUCAUCAGGUUGCCUUGGCGACAGAGAUCCCGGACUACAACCAGAUGACCUUGCCACUUGGAGGGGGUCACACAGCUACAUCAGCCCAAAUGAGGCAUUUCUGUCGCAGUUAUGAGUUCCAGCUUCCCCCACAGCCGUCCUCCCUGUCACCCCCUCUCCCACCUCCCUCCACCGUGCAGUUCUCCACUCUGGGACCCGGGGGGCGCCACGUCUAUUGCAACAUCCCUAUGACACUACUGAAUGGACAGGGGUUCAGAGCAGCUCACUGGGGAACAAGAGGUACCUCAGAGCAGUACGCUUGGGAAAAAGCCCGAGCCCUACCUGAACAGCACCUUCGUACCUCUCACCAGCAGAGAACUAAGCUCUGACAUCUGGUAGAUGUGCUCACCUGGUACUGGAUACAGACUGCUUUACAGACUGCUUUUUCACUGGCUUUUGGACUUGGGCAGACUGGUUGUUCGACUGGAUUUUAUUGGUUUUUUUGAACUGUGUACAGGCUUGCUGUCAGGAGAGACUGGGUGUGGACUGCUUGCGAACUCGGUUUGGGCCAUUUCAUCCCGCGCUGUGAACGAAGGACUUCUUAAAGACUGCAAAAGGCUCAGAUUCACAGUGGUUGGGUGCAAUGGCUGGGGAUUUCUCACAAACAGAUGGAUUCAGAUUGUAAAACCUAUAAAAACAUUGCACACUGGAUUUGGACCUACCAACUGGUUACAGACUGACACAAACUGGUUUGUAAGAUGUGUUUCCACGACCAUUUGAUAAAAAGGAAUGAAUAAUAUUAUACUACAUGACUGGUCCAAUGGAUUUUACCGCAGUUUAUAGACAGAUACGGACAUGUAUUUAUAAUGAAUUGGAAGAGUCAAUGAAAAGUUCCAGGAUACUAAAACGAUGACUAUGAAUCCACAGUCAAUAGAACUGUGUCUGUCAAACAAGCUGCCACGCUGGACCUCGGAGCCCAAAUAUCUCAUGAUCACAGUCUGCUUGCACACCAGCUGUGAAAAACCAGCUGGUUUGUCAUCUGCUAAACUCCAGUUGACUGAAGAGCAAAACGUAGCGUGAAUGCCAGUCAAUCUUCUACCGACUGAGGUCUCCGAAUAUUGAUCUACCCUCUGAUAAGGUGGCUUGUCAGGAAACAAGGCCGAUUUCAAGCAAUGAUUUUGGAAUACCAGUCCACCUUAAAACAACAAGUCAACCUCUUGAAACAACUCCUUACUGGCUGGCGAGCUAGCUACCAACUUGGUUUAGCUCUGAGAACCUCAAAUGGUUGACAGGAGGACAUUCCAGCAAAGUGAUCAUAAAGCAAUGGCUAAAACUUGUUUCUCAGAGUUUGCUGGAUUUACCUGGGGUUAACUGAGAAAGCACAGUGAGCUAAACUGGAAGCUAGCUAGUUGCAUAACCAAGCUGAUUAAGGCUGCGUUCCUCUUGAACAAGGAGGAAGAAACCCGCCAGCUCAUCACCUUGUAACCACCUUGUAACAACUAGUCCUUUUGUCAAGAGGCAUCGAAGAGAUGAACUACCAACUUUGACCACCGAGCUAAAAGCAUUAUGGACUUGGCUUUUUCUAUUUGCAUGACCACCCAUUUAGAUAAAAAAUAAUCAAAUAAACAUAGAUACAAGAGUUGAUGACCCAGUCAUCAUUGGAGAA